AUGGCUUUUGUGGUGUCUUCCAUUUUUGCGAUCCUCGACAUCGUCGUGACUUUGGUGGCCACUCUCGCCACGCAUGUGACGGAGUUUGCGACGAGGAGCGUCACAGCACGCGCCGCACCUAUAGUUGACGACGCGACGCUUUCAACAUGCCGCCACCGUCUUGACAGCACGGAGCCUCUGACCCUGACGCUCCCCGACGCUCGCGUGCUCAGCUACGCCCUGUUCGGGUCGACAAAUCCGGCAGCCAAAACCGUCUUCUUCCUCCACGGCUGGCCAGGCUCUCGCAUUGAAGCCACAUAUCUCCAUGAGGCAGCCAAGGCCAACAACCUCCGCGUCGUCGCCGCAGAUCGGCCUGGGAUAGGGAAAUCGACCGCGGACCCAAACCGGACGCUGCUGUCUCACGCCGGCGACAUCCGACAACUCGCACAGCAUCUCCACGCGGACGAAUAUGGCAUCCUUGGCGUCUCGGGAGGCGGCCCGUAUGCCCUGGCCUGUGCCAGAGCGCUACCCGCCGAUAAGCUCAAAGUCGUCGCAAUCGUCUGCGGCCUGGGCCCGGCGGAUAUCGGCUACUGGGGCAUGUACAUCAUGAACUACCUGGGCUGGACAUAUGCAUCGCGCUACACGCCGCGCUUUCUCGGCUGGUGGUUCAACCGCGAAGCAACGGCGAGGCUGGAUCGCAGUAGAAAGGAGCGCAUGGACAUGUUGAUCAAGAGCUUCGAAAACGCACAGGCGACCCUACCGCCAAAAGACGCUCGUAUUUUUGGCGAUGCGGACGUGAUGAAGGUGCAGAUCCGGACCGGAGAGGAGGUGCAUGCGCAAGGCACGCAAUUCUGGCUGCAGGACAUGAAGCUGCUUGCAUCGGACCCGGGAUUCGACGUGGCAGACAUUCGCAGCGAUUUGACGGUGCAGCUUCUCUAUGGCAAUGCAGACCGGAACGUGCCGCUCAAACAUGGCAACGAGAUUGCGAGGAGACUGGUAAGUCGCAGAGGCGAGACUGACGAGCGCGUGUCCAUGAAGGUGAAGGAGAAUGAGACGCAUGCAAGCAUAUUCUUCGACUACAGAGACGACUUUCUACGAGAUAUGGCAGCAGUCAUGUAG